GCUCAGGCAGUGCAAAAGCUGCCUCUUUGGGGUCCUGACGGCGGCGCUAACGCUGUAGCUCUAGGGAAGAUGGCGGCGCCCUGGUGGAGAGUAGCACUGUAUGGAACGCGGAGCAGCCGCGGCUUCAGCACCGCGGCCGUCCUGAGUCGCCGGUCAGCCCCGCUGGGACCCAUGCCCAACGAGGACAUCGAUGUGAGCUCGCUGGAGAGCCUGGAGAAGUAUCGCAGCUUCGACCGCUACCAGCGCCGCGCAGAGAACGAGGCGAAGGGUCCACACUGGUGGAAGAGCUACCGUGACUACUUCCGGAAGCCCUCAGAUCCCGAAGACAAAAUAGACAUUGGAUUUCCUCUCCAAAAGACAACCCAAAGGCAACAACAGGUCCUUGAAAGAAAGAAAAUCCUUCAGGAGAACCGGGCUAGGAUGGAGAAGAGUGCCCACUUCCAUGACAUUUCUAUCCCACUGGAGGAAGUUAAAGCUGAUUGGGAAAAGACCGCUGGCCCUUACCACAAGAAGCGCCUGGCUGAGUACUAUGGCCUCUACCAAGACUUGUUCGUGGGUGCCACAUUUGUGCCCUGGGUCCCAUUGAAUGUUGCCUACAAUCUGGGAGAAGAACUGAUGAUGCCUGUGUUCCAGGGGAAUGAGGUUACCCCAACUGAGGCUGCUAAUCCCCCAGAGGUGACAUAUGAAGCAGAAAAGGGCUCCCUGUGGACUUUGCUGCUCACCAACUUGGAUGGACACUUACAGGAACAGGAUGCUGAAUACAUCCACUGGCUGGUGACCAACAUCCCAGGCAAUGAUGUGUCUGCAGGACAAGAGAUGUGCCACUACCUCCCACCGUUCCCAUCCAAAGGGACUGGUUUUCACCGUUUUACUUUCCUCCUGUUCAAGCAGCACCAUCCUAUUGACUUUUCUAGAGAUGCCCGUCCCACACCUUGUUACCAUCUUGCUAUGAGAACAUUCCGCACAUUUGACUUCUAUAAGAAGCACCAGGAUUCCAUGACCCCAACUGGUCUAGCCUUCUUCCAGUGCCGCUGGGAUGACUCUGUCACCCACAUCUAUCACCACCUGCUCAACAUGCGGGAGCCAGUGUUUGAGUUUGUACGCCCACCCCCUUACCAUCCCAUACAAAAGAAGUUCCCUCAUGGGCAACCACUGCGAUAUUUGGAUCGAUACCGAGACAGCCAUGAACCCAGCUAUGGCAUCUACUGAAGGAUUGGGUCACCCAAAGUGUACAGGGUACCCGAAGGGGACUAGCAACAGAGCUGAGAUAUCCCCUUAGAGCUACCCUGGCCCGUCCAAUUCAUCUUUCAAGAACAAUAAUAGGUUAGAGGCUCCCAGACAUCCACUCCCUGGAAGCUCUUCCCUGAGGCUAUUAUUCUGCCAGUGGAUUUCUAUCCACAUGGUUUGGGAGCAAGAAGGGUAUCAAGAUCAGAGAAUGUGAGUCAAGGUGAUUUCAGAUAUGCAACAUGGUAUAAUAGAUAGCUGACCUUAAAGUCAGGAUAUGAUUCAAGUCCCAUGCACUGGAUGUGUGAUGCUAGCUUCUCAGUGUUCCAGAACAUACUCUUUUUGUCCCCGUAUAUUUUUAUUUAUUUCAUUAAAUAUUUCUCAAUUACAUGUAAAA